ACCCGGAUGUAGAUGUGUAGUCUCUUCCUGUAGCUCCAGGUUGCUGUUGUCGUUGGACGCUACUAUCUUCAUUAUUUCGUCUUUUCGAUGGCAAACAGAACCGUUAAAGAUGCCAACAGUAUACACGGGACCAACCCGCAGUAUCUGGUGGAGAAAAUCAUCCGAACAAGAAUCUAUGAGUCUAAAUACUGGAAGGAGGAAUGCUUCGGUCUGACCGCUGAGCUGGUUGUUGACAAAGCCAUGGAGCUGAAGUUUGUCGGUGGGGUCUACGGAGGGAACAUCAAGCCCACUCCUUUCCUCUGCCUCACCCUGAAGAUGCUGCAGAUCCAGCCUGAAAAAGACAUCAUCGUGGAGUUCAUCAAAAACGAGGAUUUCAAGUACGUUCGUUUACUCGGAGCGAUGUACAUGAGGCUAACAGGCACUGCAGUGGACUGCUACAAAUACCUGGAGCCGCUCUACAACGACUACAGGAAGAUCAAGACCCAGAACAGAAAUGGAGAGUUCGAGUUGAUGCACGUGGACGAGUUCAUCGACGAGCUUCUCCACGCAGAGCGGGUGUGUGACAUCAUUCUACCUCGGCUUCAGAAGAGACACGUCCUGGAGGAGGCCGAGAUGUUAGACCCUAGGAUCAGCGCUUUGGAGGAAGAUCUGGAUGAGGUGGAGAGCAGCGAGGAGGAAGACGAGGAGGAGGAGAAGCCGGAGCGACUCCAGACCCCUGAACCCCACAGACGCAGUUAUCGUGACAACGACAGACCUCGCCGCUCUCCGUCACCUCGCUACAGACGCAGCCGCUCACCCAGACGGAGGAGCAGAUCCCCAAAGAGGCGAAGCCCAUCACCACGGAGAGACCGCCAUCGUAGCAAGAGCCCACGCAGACAUCGCAGCCGGUCCAGAGACAGACGCCACCGCUCCAAAUCUCCAGGUCACAACAGAAGCCGCAGACACCGCAGCCACUCAAAGACCCCGGAGAGGAGCUCAAAGAAAAGUCACAAGAAGAGUCGAAGAGGGAACGAGUGAUUUUAUUUUUGUAUAUUUUUCACCUCCUAACUGUUGACCUCGAGGUCUUUAAUGAGUUUUUAUUUCAAUAUUAAAUGUUGGACCACAGAGAAAGCCUUCAGGUUUCAGCAGUGUUUGUACAGUUUUAUUGGGUCUCCUUGUCGUUGUUUAUGCCAUCUAUAAAGAAAACUAGCAGUGCUCUCAGUUUCAGCAUCGUCGUACCUUUACUGGCCUGUUAGAGAUGUUUGUGUACGUCUGAAGGACUUUCACACUCAGAAUAAAGACCCUGAUUCUUU